UAAGAAGCUCAAGCUGCGCAAUGUCAAUAUCACAAGAAGAACACACAUUGACGAACAAGCAUUUAAGGAAGGAUAGACAUUAACGCAGUCAGCGUUUUUCCCCGUUUUUUAUUUUUUAUUUUGCAUUAAUUCCCGAAGCGAAGAAUGCCUUUCCUUGGACAGGACUGGAGGUCGCCUGGCCAAUGUUGGGUUAAAACCGAGGAUGGAUGGAAAAAGACAACAACAGACGACAAGAACAACAACAUCUCAGUGGAAAGCUUCUGCAAAGCUGAACACGAGUGUUUCAACAAGGAGAACUUGCUGCUUUCUCUCGGUUACGACAUGGCUGCCAAGAAGAGGAAAAAAGACCUCAUGAACAACAACACCAAGGUUCCAUAUUUCCACAGGGAAAAGUGGAUUUAUGUUCAUAAAGGAAGCACCAAGGAGCGCCAUGGAUAUUGUACUUUGGGGGAAGCCUUCAACCGCUUGGAUUUCUGCAGCGCCAUCAAGGACACAAGGAGGUUCAAUUACGUCGUCAGACUGCUGGAGCUUAUCGCCAAAUCGCAACUCCCUUCACUCAGCGGCGUUGCUCAAAAGAACUACAUGAAUAUUCUGGAGAGAGUGGUGCAAAAAGUGCUGGACGACCAGCAGAACGUGCGUCCCAUCAAGGAGCUUCUCCAGACUCUUUAUCUAUCGCUGUGUAGUCUGGUUCAGGACAUGGGAAAGUCUGUGCUGGUGGGGAACAUCAACAUGUGGGUGCACCGAAUGGACAACAUCCUGCAGUGGCAGCAGCAGCUAAACAACAUCCAGAUCAACAGGCCAACAUCAACAGGCAUGACACUGAUGGAGCUGCCUGCCAGUCUGCAGCUGAACAUCAUGCAGCGUCUGUCAGAUGGCAGGGACUUGGUCUGCCUGGGCCAAGUCUGCCCAGAACUAGGGGGGCUUGCUGAGGACCGUCUGCUCUGGAAAAGACUCUGCCAGUACCACUUCACAGACAGACAGAUCCGAAAGCGUCUGAUGGUGUCAGAUAAAGGUCAUCUAGAAUGGAAGAAGAUGUACUUUAAGCUGAGCCGCUGUUAUCCUCGCCGAGAACAGUACAGUGACACUCUGCACUUCUGCUCACACUGUCACAUCCUUUUCUGGAAGGACACAAAUCAUCCGUGUACUGCCAAUAACCCAGAAAGCUGCACCAUGGCGCUCUCCCCUCAAGACUUCAUCAACCUUUUUAAAUACUGAUGACCCAUCCUAAAUAUAGACUGAGUGUACAUAUUGUACAUAUACAUGUAUGUUUUGUUUCAUGUAUAUUCAGCUAAGGUGUAUCUCGAUGGUGAUCAGGCAGUGGGACAAAUAUGCAAUUGAGAUUUAGGUUUGUUUACUGUUAAAAGUAAGAGAUUGUCACUGUUAUGUGAGUAAAGGAGAGCUAAGGGAGGUUAGAACAAAAAUCCUUGCAAGAAGUGGGAGCAGUAUAAGUGAGGAAAAGUAGUUUGAAUUUGUUGUUGUGUAGUACAUUUAAACACAGGAAUUUGGAUGGUUAUUCAUGUAUGAGUAUGAAAAGUUCUGAUUUGUAUGUUUUGCUAAAGCUGACCACAUUGAUGGGACAGUGUUUAAAGCACAGACGGUUGUUUGGUUUGGCACUGCUACAUCAGAGGAGUCAAAUAUUAUAAAUAACUGGGUGUUAAAGCACCAUCAUGUUUUUUUUUUUAAAUUACUUUUUUCACUUUUAUAAGGUUUGAUACAUUUUUUUUUUUUUAAAUGUGUUUAUUUCUGCCGUGGCUGCAUUUUGCAAUCUUUUUUGCGUGAACUUCGUCCAACUCUGUGUGCCUUACUGCAAAACUUGAAACUGGUACUGAGUUAACUGAUAAAUUUCCAGAUGCUGUUUACUGAUCAUGAACACCAUCAUGUAUAUUAAUGGAUACCAAAGAGUGUGUGGCUGUGCGUGCGUGUGUAACAUCUUAUUUUUUCAAAGGCCUGCAUGAUAAACAACAUGCUACGUAUUUAUUAAAAUAGUGGUUAAGUAGCUCAGCUUGUUUGAAUUGGUUUUGAAAGAAACUCAGUUUAAUUUAGAAAUUUUCAGCACUGCUCAACCAAUUGAUGUACUGUACAUACUAUGUAAUACGUUCUGUAAAUGCUCUGUUGUCCAAAUAAAAUGUUUAGAAUUUGGA